AUGGUUUUCACGGACAACGAGAGAACAGAGAAAACAACACUCCUAAGCAGCUAUGUGAUGCACUCUCUAAUGGAGUCAGUAGAUAUGUCAGAAGUCAGGAGAUUAGAAGGAUCCGUUGAUAGUGAGGCUUUCCCUGUGCCUCCUCAACUGGUGCAUAUAACACAAGUAGGCGUGGAAGGAAAGGCAGUGAUAGAUGGCUAUGCCGUGAAGGGUGACACUCCUGCUGAUUAUUCGGCUUCUUGUGAUUCUUGA